UCGGCCAACGAGCUCCGGCGAACACAGAUCGAUCUUCAGCGAUUUUUCCGAGUUUUGCCCAAACCCAGGAUGAGAUUGUAUAGCCUUCUGCCGCUCCUGGCGCUCCUUGUCGUCCAGGCUGCCGGACAAAGUCAAGUAACCUCUGAUGAUCCUGCAACGGAUGCUGGAUCAACGACCAACUCCACCGCGGACACCAAACCAAGGGUUCCAAGUCAGGAUGAGAUACUUGGCCAGAUGCCGCCCAUUAACCCCAUCCGCACUGGCAAUCCCCAGAUGGACGCAUUUUACAUGAUGUUCCCGGCGUUGGGCAGCCUGCUACGCUGGGGUAGCCUUUUCCCGGCCUACUCGAUCCUGGGCGCCAUUCCCGACAAUCUACAGCCUACAGCGGCAGCCUCGAAGGUGGUCCUCGUCCUGGCCGAUGAUGCGACGGCCAAGACCCGAGUUGCCCGUCAGAAUCCGCCACCAAAUCCACUUGGUCAGCUAAUGAAUUGGCCCGCUCUGCCGCAGGACUUCCAACUGCCUUCCAUGGAUCUGGGACCGCAAGUGGGCUCGUUUUUGUCCCAACUGCCUGCUAUGCCUUCCAUGCCUGGUCUUUUGGGUGCCGCUGCUCCAGUUCCCGCUCCAGCUCCUGCUCCCGCUGCUGCUCCUCCGGCGCCAGCUCCAGCUGCGGAUCCUCCGGCACCACCAGCUCCAGAUGCAGCCCAACCAGCCAUACUAGGACAAGCCGCUCUGCAGAACGCUUUCACGUUCCUUAAUCCGUCUAACUUCGAUGCCUCCAGUCUUCUGGGCCAGAGUGUACCCACAUUUGCUCCUCCCAAUCUUGAUUUCGUCGCCCAAAUGCAAAGGCAAUUCUUCCCGGGAAUGACACCGGCACAACCUGCUCCCGCUGGAACGGAUGCCCAGGCCUCCGACAUUUCCGAGGUGAGGGUACGUCCUGAGGAUCCGUAUUCGCGAGAGGCCCAGAUGAAGAUCAAAUCGGCACUUGAAAUGGAGCAGGAGAGGCAACAACAGGUUCAGGUCAAGGAUCAGGAGCAAGUGCCACUCCUCUGGUUCCGAAUGCCCACUACUCAGAAUCAGGAUGCGACUGAAGAAAAGACUCUGGAGGAUCUGCGGGUGGAGGCCAAAUUGAGGGCCUUCGAGCGCCAGGUGAUAGCCGAAUUGAAAAUGCUGCAGAAGAUCGAACUUAUGGCUAAGCAGAUGAGGUCUAGCGCCGCCGCGCAGAACGGAGAUACACCCUACAGAAUUAGUUAUCCACUGAGUCGGACACCCAUUCACAAGAUCACACGUGCUGAUAUUGAGCAAGCCCUUCGAGAUGAUUAUGUCCGCCGAUUGGUCAACAAGGAGGCUCAACGAAAGGCCAGAAAUUCUGGCAUAAACACCCAGAAGGCAAAUGCCUUGAAGCGACAGGCCAAAUCCCAGGAUCAGACUCUGUCCAAGGAGGAUAUCGUCCAGAUUAUGGCGUAUGCCUAUCGCAUGGCCAACGAACAGAUGGAGAGUGAGAAGGGCAAGCAGGACAAGGUUUACGCCGCCUACAGGUCGGAACAGAAUCCAAUGAUGAUGGAGCAAAGACAAUGGUCGGAGGAGCAGGCGAAGAUUCAACAAAAUCAACAGCAGAUCCAGCAAAAUCCAAUGAUGAUGCAGCAAAGACAAUGGUCGGAGGAGCAGGCCAAGAUCCAACAGAAUCCACAGCAGAUCCAGCAAAAUCCAAUGAUGAUGCAGCAAAGACAAUGGUCGGAGGAGCAGGCCAAGAUCCAACAGAAUCAACAGCAGAUCCAGCAAAACCCAAUGAUGAUGCAGCAAAGACAAUGGUCGGAGGAGCAGGCCAAGAUCCAGCAAAAUCAGCAGCAGAUCCAGCAAAACCCAAUGAUGAUGCAGCAAAGGCAAUGGGCGGAAGAUCAGGCCAAGGUUCAGCAUGAUCAACAGAUGGCACAACAGAUGCCACAUCAAGGUCUCAUGAUGACGGAGCAGAGGCAAAGGCAGUGGUCAGAAGACCAAGCCAAAAUUCAGCAGGCUCAACAGAUGGCCCAACAGACACCCAUGAUGAUGCCACAGAUGCAACAAAGGCAGUGGACAGAGGAUCCCCAAAUGGUUCAGCAGAUGCAACAGAGACAUUGGGCAGAAGAUCAGGCCAGGAUGCAAAUGGCCCAACAGAAUCCAAUGAUGCAACAGCAACGACAGAUGGCAGAGAAUCCGCAAAUGAUGCAGCAAAGACAAUGGUCCGAGGAGCAGACCAAAAUCGAACAGGCUCAGCAGAUGGCACAACAGAAUCAAAUGAUGAUGCAGCAGAUGCAGCAAAGACAAUGGACCGAGGAUCAGGCCCAGAUUCAACAGCAGCAGAGACAGAUGAUGCAGCAGACCCCCAUGAUGAUGAAGGAGCGCCAGUGGGCCCAGGAGAACCCCCAGUCUGUCCAGCAGCAAGGGCCCAUGAUGAUGCAGCAGCAGACUCCAUCGAUGAUGCAGCGUGAAGUAGAGGACCAAGAUAAUGAGGCUGAGGAUAUCCUAGUUGGCGAGGCGGGUCCCCAAAUGCCGGAGAACGAAGGCACCGCCAGGCACAAAGUCGAUGCCCUGGGAGUUGGCGGCAACAAGCGCAAGAAGUCCAAGUCCAAGUCGGCGCCGCCAGCGGUGAUUAACUAUUACUAUGCGGCACCCCAGCGUCCGGUGGUUCAGAGUUACGGAACAAGCUACGGCGGAGGUGGCUACGGAUCGAAUGCCUAUGGUGUCCCUCGUCCAGUCAAUUCCUAUCAAAGUCAAGGCUACAGGGCUGCCGUGGGUAACGAUGAGGUAGAUGAUAUGCUGCGCCAGCACCAGACAAUGGCCAGGACAAUAAACCCGAAGCAACCAGGCGAAGUCGGUGGAUCGGAGAGCCAGAAGAGCAGCUCUAACCCUCCAACGACGUUGACACCAGCUCCACAAGAGCAACCGCAAGAGCAUCGAGUCCACAAAAGUCCAUCAUCAGCACCAUCCGAAACCGAAAUCGAAAACGCACCAUCAUCUGACCCCCAAGUGGGUUCCAUUUUCACCUUCGGCGAGGGAUUGCUGCAUCCGUUCAUGGGUCUGCUGCCGGUGGAGAGGCCCGAUGAUCCCUGGAACCAGAAGCCAUACGAUCCUCACCAUCCUCUCUACACGGGCGGUGGGAGCUACGAUGCCUAUCUGAGGGACGGUCGCCAUCGAAGGGACACGCACAUCAUGGGUCAAGGUUCGCAGCAUGGCAUCCUGACACCCGGCAUGUUGGAGAGACUUCUUCGGAUCAAGAUGGAUUUCCAGCGUAGAUUUCCCCAUUUGUACAAGGGUAUGCUGAAUCACCAUACGAAUCUUACCCGUGUGGAGGUACAGCCUCCGGUUCUGGGCAAGAUUUCUAGGCCGAAAACUAAGACCAAGCCCAAGGAUGAGGAUGAACCCGUCUUCGAAUUGGGAGCCGCAGAGCGUAGCUUGUUCGAGGACGAGACCAACGAUUCUCUAGAGAAAGAUCCCGAACCAGAACCGGAUGAGGAGGAUGACCGGGAUGUGGAGGAGCCAAGCGAGAGCAGUGAACCUAGGGGAUUCAGCAGCAGAAAGAUGAGCAGCCGGGAUGAGAACGACAUCGAUUACUUCAAUUUCGAUGACGAUGAUGUUGAUGAUUGACUUUUAAUAUAAUUGCGAAUAAAAAUAAUAUUAUAAAUGU